ACGUGCUAGCGGGACAGCCGCCGUUUACUCUGCGCGGAGGGGACCUCGUCCUGCUCUUCUAAACCUUCACCGGGGUCGAAUGGCGGACAUGAAGGAGACGGAGGCCUCUCGAGCUCUCGAACAAACUGCCAAGGCGUGCAGGGGCCGCAGAAACUUCGGAGAAGUUGGGACAGCCGGGCUUGGGGCACCGAUGACCAGCGACAUGUGGACGGGAUGGCGGCGGCCACCCCCUCCGCUCGCUUGGCCCAUUCCUUUGACUUGUACGGUACACGUCAGGGCGGCGCUAUGUAACCCGAACAUCCUGCGGGCCCCGCGUCACUUCUCCCGAGGGUCCUUGCCAAUCUCAGCAGCGCGCGCGCGCGCGCCCUCCCUCUUCACGGGCAGCUCCAUGUUUGGGGUUGAAGCCCCUCGCUCUGCCUCAGCCGCCCUCCGCGUGCCCCUCGAAAACAAAACAUGCCAUGCCAUGCCACUCGUGCCACCCGAGGAGCGAAAGAGACCCUCCAACGAGACACCUGGGCGGCCUGCGGGAGCGAAGCUCGGGCCCGACUCUGAGCGGCAGACACUCACCAGGAACGGUGACAGGAUGUCCCGCAGCGCACUCGUCGUGUCCCCGUCGCCGUCAUCGUCCUCCUCUUCCCGCAGGACGCCCAGUAUGUAAGCCGCAUACACGUCGCCGUCCACAUCCAGCGAGUCGAGCCUCCGCACCAGCCAGCCGUCGAAGUUGCCGGGCGCGGCCAUCUUGGCUCUGUGGGGUCCUCGUAGGCGGUGCGUGCCGAAGGCGGCUGUCUGCGGCGAGCGCCUGUGUGCAGAGAAGAGCGCGGCGGAUGGCAUCUCAAAUCCUCCACACAGAUUCAGUCUGCCAAUGUGGUGCCACCUUAGUUGAUGGCCAUCGAUGUCAAACUGUGUCUCCUCGAUGUCUGAGCCGAUCUCAGCCGAACAAACUGACUGACCACCGAGACGCCGAGCGCUGGCCCUCAUGUCGCCUGGCAGGCACCAUGUUCCUGGUGGGGCUGACUGGGGGCAUCGGCUCCGGGAAGAGCACCGUGUCAGCUAUGCUGUGCCAGCUGGGAUGCCCAGUCAUUGAUGCGGACCUCAUUGCCAGGGAAGUGGUCCUGCCCGGCAGAGCUGCCCACACCCUCAUUGUGCAGCACUUUGGCACAGAGAUCCUGCUGCCCACUGGUGAGAUCAACCGGGAGAUGCUGGGUAGCCUGAUCUUCUCAAACCCAGAAAAGUGCCGCCUGCUCAACUCCAUCACCCAUCCUGAGAUCCGGAAGGCCAUGCUGUGGCAGAUCUUCAAGUAUUUCCUCCUGGGCCACCGCUAUGUCAUCCUGGAUGUGCCCCUGCUCUUUGAGACCCGGGGGCUGACGCGCUUCCUCAAGCACAUCGUGGUGGUCUACAGCGACCCGGACACGCAGCUCUCACGACUCAUGAAGAGGGAUGGCAUCACGCGGGCACAGGCUGAGCAGCGCAUUGCUGCCCAGCUGCCACUCAAGGACAAGCGACGUCUGGCAGACCACGUGAUUGAGAACUCAGGUGGGCGUGACAACACCCAGCGGCAGGUCCUGUGUCUACAUGCCAAGCUAGAGCGCUCCUGGGACUUCCUGGCACUGCGGGCAGUGGUCCUGGCCAUGGUCACGGGGCUGGGUGGGCUCCUCGUGCUCCUUGUGAAGCAGAUGGCACACUGAGGCAUGCAUCCUCUUUGGACAGUCGAAGGCCUGAUGCCUGGCAGGGUUAGGGUACAGUGCCCACUCUGAGUUUCUGCCAGUGUUUUAAACUGGCACACUGCUGGGCAUCUGGAGGCUUCGUUUGAUUUUUAACUGACGUCGCGCUCUUUUUAUCAGUUUUUAAACCGAGUGUGUUAAUAAAGUGCACCACCCUGGGCACCGC